GUCAGGCUUUUUAUGCUUUUAUUUGGAGAGCUUUAUCCUUGUUAACAUGUGAAAUGGAAAAGUUUUAAGAUCCUAAAAAGUUUCUGCAUGACUGAUUUUCUGUAGUAUUUAUUUUUUCUAUGUAAAAGGUAAUAUAUGUAUAUUUAUGAGAACAUGAAGAGAAGGUGUUUACUUAUAGUUUGCUGGAUACCUUGUUUUUGUCCACUCAGUGGUCCCGUACUGGUACGAGUUGGGACUGUGUAAUGAUAGCAGCACGGGUAGAGUUACUGCUCCGUUGCUGAGCAACAUACAUUAACAUGAAAGACACACUGAGAUCAGGUUAGACACCUGUUUGAGAACAGCUUUUGUCUUAGAGCCUGAUCUGGGCAGGAGUUUGGAGGUUUCAGCACCCUGGACAGCGUCUGAUCCUGGGAAAAAGCUUCAGUGAAGACUUAAAUUGCCAGUUUGCUGAUUUUAUCGUGGAUGGGGGAUUCUCACGUGUCAUGGACUACACAAACAGGCGUGAGACUAUGAUAAAGUCCACUUAGAGGGAUGUUCAGGAAGAUCAACAAUGUGUUUCGUCCCAACCAUCAUGGACACAGAGGGCGAGGUAAUGGUGGUGGUGACGGUGGGCUUCGGGACGGACAGGACUACCAUAGCGCCUGCACCGUCAGGCUGGUCCGCAGCACCUCCAUGCUGGUGGUGGGAGAGAAAACUCAGACAGCCGAGGGCUCCACUUUAAAACGAAGCAAGAGCACAGUGAGCAUUGAGUCCACUUUGUAUUAUUAUCAGAGACAGGAAGACAGGAUAUGGCUGUAUUCACAGAACCAGAACUGCCUGGAGUACCUGGAAGCACUUAUGGCUCUCAGGAGGCAGUACACACAAAGUGUGAGUAACUUGAAAAGUAACGAGGCCAAGGCCACCGUUUCUUCAAAGAAGAAGAAACCGGCACCCUCACCGCCUACAAGAGAAGAACAGAUGUCAAGAACUAAACCUUCACCACCUCCUGCCUCCAGAGAGGAGGACACCUUGCAGUUCUUUGAUGAGGUCAUUGCCAGCUGUGACGAGUCUCUGCGCAAACCUUACAAGGAUGAUGGCAAUGCAGAUGUAGAUUUCAUUGUGGCCUCCAGCUCGGCCGAACACGACCUCCACUCCAACUGGGUCUUGAGGGUUCCCCGGGUCCCAGACGAGUCCGGACCACAAGUGGUUCCUGCCCGUGCCAACGAAAAGGUCUCAAAGAAGAAAAACCAGAACGGGUCCACUAGCAGCAGACUGCGACUACAGAGGAACCCAAUCCACCUGCCCAAGGUGGUGGAGAGUGCAUUCCAGACGCUGCGCUUCAAGCCCAAAUUAAAAAAGCAGUGAAGUUUGAUGGGACAUUUGAAACCAGCGGCGCUCAGAAUGGAACGUUUGAUCAGAAGUUUAACCUGCAAGUCAAUUUAAACCAGUUGGAACUUCAGUUCUUAGAGGUGAGCAGAAAUGUUACCUCGUUAUGAAACACGGAGGAUUAACAUUAAUAAUAAAUCCAUGAUCCUGACCAUGAGUCAGCAUUCAGCUUCUCUCCUUGAAACAAGCAGGUAGAGCUCACUUAUCCUUUGGAAUAACUUCUUCUAAAAAAAACGUAUUCCUCUGAGUUUGGACGGUAGCAGGGCGGCAACGUAAGAAUCAUCAGUCCUCCCUGACAUCUGAAGAUUACUUUGACCAGACUGUUAAUAGAAUUCCUUUCAAGACGCCUUUUGGAUUGAACUGAGUAAGAGAAACGUUUGGUUUUGUGAUAAAUACAAACUCUCGGCUGAUUCCCAGUUUAAAGUUCAGGCCCUGAGAGCCUGCCUUCCCUCCAGGUAUCAAAGACGGCUACAAAAAGCAACAAUGGCUCAUUCAAGCUCAAAGUCAAAGAUUUCGGCAUGAAUAUCCGUCUGGUCGGGAGCGUUCCGUCGAGGCCGAGUUCAAGGCCCGAGAAGCGUGAAAAGCUCCAGAACCGGCUAAACUUUGUCACUAAUCCCCGCUGAAGGAGAGGCGAACUCCGCUUCAGUAGCUAUCCUCCGAGUUAUUCAGCUCACCAAUAAGGGAAA